AUGGAUAUUCGAGGCCUUCGUAAUUUUAUCAACGAAACAUAUGAACUUGGAGCGAAUGCACCGGAACGAAUCGCUGAUGAAAUUACGAAGAUUAAAAAAGCUUUUAUGUCAAAAAAGAAGAAAUCUUACGAGAAAAAAAAAUCUAUCGCCAAACUAUGCUAUAUUACUCUAUAUGGUUAUGACAUAAUACAACUAGGCAUCGGAAACAUCAUAGAUUUAAUUGAAAGCUCCAAUAUUGCUAACAAAAGAAUUGGAUGGAUUGCAGCGUCAAUUCUAUGCAAUACACAUCCAGAGCAAAUCAUAGAAUUUGGAAGUGUUCUCAAAAAACAAUUAUCACACACAAAAAACGAGCCCGCAAUCGAUUUGGCGCUUGGAUUUAUCGCAAAUUGUGCAACAUCCAAAAUAGCUGAUACUAUAGGUCCCAGCGUUGUUGAUAUAUUAAUUUCGAAUACAAUUAGCGAACAUACGAAGUCUAGAGCCCUUAUUGCGUUAUAUCAGAUUUAUCAGUCCUCUCUUCAAGUUCCUGGCAUCGAUAGAGUGUCACCGCGUGUAGUACAGAUGAUACAAUCUACAAAUCUCAGUUUCGCGCUUGCAGCUUCUUUACUUGCUUUUAAUAUCGUUCAACUUCAACCAGCGACAAGUGACGAUAUCUUCCAAGCGUGCAUCACAGUACUUCACCAGUUAGUUGUACAGAACAAAUGCCCAUCACAGUAUACAAGAUACGGCGUUCCUUGCCCUUUUUUGUGUGCAAAUCUUUUUCGGAUCUUGAAUUUCUACUUGACGUACACGAACCAGGAUAUUGAGAAGCUAGAUCAAAUAGCAAACUCAUUACUCAUGAUGAAUAACGCUAAAAGAGAUCCUGACGGACUUUACGCAUUUUUAACUGUUUUUUCUGAAGCUUCUAUCUUCUUAGUUCAAGUUCCUUUGCCUCAGGCAACACUGGAAAACUUCAUUACUGUACUUAUUAAGCACACACGACAGCGCAGACACUUCGCAAUGGAUUCUUUAGCAAAUUUAGUCGGAAAUUCACCUCAUUUCGCUUCGAAUUUACAGACAUUAAUACCAGAAUUACUUUCUAUUGUAACAUCACGCGUUUAUCCUACAGAUAUGAAAGCUUUUACUUUAUUAUAUUUCAUUGCAAAUAAUGACAACUGUAUGAUCAUCUUAGAUACGCUUAUUCCGUUUGUAUCCAGGUCACCCUUGCAUUUAAGAGCUGAAUUAUGCAAGAAAUUGGCUGUUUUGGCGAAUUCUUUUUCAAAAGAUUCGGAAUGGAAAUCACAAACGCUUUUUAAGUUGGUCGAAUGCAGUGAUAGUGAUGACUGCUCGUUCUGGCAACAUGUUGCGAAGUCUAUUUUAGAUGAUCAUCAAAAUAUUGAUGAUAAUGUACAGAAUUUGAUAACGAAGAUCGAAGAGAACCCUGGAGUCAAUGGUAGUAUCAUCAAAAUAGCAUCUUACGUGUUCGGACAAACGAAUUUAAGAGAUGCAAAACAUGUUGUUGAUAUUUUAAUGACGGCGUUCUCAACAGCGCCAUCAUCAUCAGCUCAAACAUCCAUAGUUUCAGGUUUACUCAAGAUUUCAGCAAAAUACAAAGAAGUUACCCCAGAUGUUUUGUAUUUCUUACAAGAUGUAGUAUCAUCAUCGAGUUUUGAAGUAAGCCAGAGAUCAAGAGAAGCAUUAGCUGUCUUAAACUACCCAGAUCUCUCAGUUUCAAUGCUUUCUGCCCCUGAUUCUUAUGUUGAUACUUCAAUAAUUAUGGAAGAAAAGCCUCAGAUCUCUGUUUCGGACCACUUGGAUAAAUUCCUGAAGGAAAACAUGGGUAUUGUCCAUUACCAGACCAAUAUUACUGUCCUUUGCGGUGUAGAAAAAACAGAAACUUCAUCAAAAAUUCUCUUGACGAUAAAAAUUCAGAAUCACGAUACAAAUCCUCUCAAAAUCGAUCAAUUCCAAAUUGAAUGCGAAUCUUCAUUAUUGUAUAAAAAAGGUUCGGAAGUCAACACGAUAGAGAGUGAUGCAACAGGUGUCUGCCAAAUUUAUUUUGUGGCAAAUGAACCAUUUUACAAUCCGCCGAUAGCGACGAUUAUUUUCGAUUCAAAACAAACUAUUAAGUUUAAGUUACCAGUUUUACCACGAUUCUUCAUUACCGCGUACAAUCUAUCACGAGAUAGUUUCACUUCCAUGUGGCAACAAACGAUGGUCGAAAAACAGGCAACAUCAUCUAUUCUGAUUCUUCCUGAUGGAGACAUAUUGAGUGAAAUUGUUAAAACAGCUAAGAAGUGGUUCAAUUUGACACCUCUUGAUUGCUGUGAUAUGAAGAAUGUUAUAUUCAUGGCAGGAACAUUCCAUACUUUUACAGGAAACGCGGGAAUUUUAAUUCGAUUUACUUUCCAAGAAGAAGAGAUGAUAUUGACCAUGGAUUUGCAUACAACUUCUGCAAAAGCAACAGAUGCAAUCUUAGAAUGUGCUCAUUUAGCAUUUCCUUUUUGCGAUUUUAAUACUGAUUAA